CAAUGAUUUGGCAAGUUGUGGGAGUGUUCAUUUUUAAGUUUACACUUUCUUUAUACAAAAAACAAACAAAACCUUUCUUUUUACCGUUACAGACAAUUACUCUAAGAUUUAAAUGAAAAUCAUUAUCAAUGAGAACUAAUUAAAAUAAUACCGUAAAAAUUAAGCGAACAAUUAAAACGUUCGCACAAUGUCGAAUGCAACUGUAAACAUAAAGUUCCAGUGGGGCUUGAAGUCCUCAGAUCCCGAACAACUACCAGUUUUGGUCAUAGGGCAGUCGGGACAUCUUAAUCAGCUUUCUUGGAGUGAUGUCCGCUGUAAACUUGAGCCCAGAGUCACUGAGGAGGCAUGGAAACGAGGUCUAUCUUGUGUAUCAACAUCACCAGGUGAAUCCUGUGAGCUGUGGCCGCGAGCCGUGACAUUGGCCUCGUUACCAGCACGGCGCUCUCGUCAUGCAGCACCUUCUAGGGCUCAUGCCCUGGCCAAAAUUGUUAGAGCAACUCAGCGUACUACCGAUGAGGCUAUAGUGCUGGUGUGCCGCAAGCGCGACGUGUACGCGAGCUGCAUGGGCAUCGCCCGCUCCUACCCGCUGUACCACGCGCGCUCCUCGCCGCCGCCCGCGCGCGCGCUCUCCGUCGAGAUCCUGCUCGUCGCCGAGGACAAGCUCGAAGGUGAAUCCGAAGAUGAGGGUGUGGGACCUACAGACCCGUCGCUGCUGGACGGGGCGCUGUCCCUCGAGGAACUGACCACCAUCCACCAAGCGGCCGACGCCACUCGCCUGGCUGCCAGGAUCACCGACACCCCCACUAAUAUAAUGAACGUCGAUAAAUUUAUUGAGGAAGCGUGCAACGUGGCCAAGGAGCUGGACAUCCCGGAGCCGUGCAUCAUCCGGGGGGAGGAGCUGCGUGCGCGCGGCAUGGGCGGGCUGUACGGCGUGGGGCGCGCCGCCAGCUGCCCGCCCGCGCUCGUCACGCUGUCCUACGCCGCGCCCGCCGCCGCGCGCACCGUGGCCUGGGUCGGGAAGGGCAUCGUGUACGACACCGGCGGCCUCAGCAUCAAGGCGAGGGCCUCGAUGGUGGGCAUGAAGGGCGACUGCGGAGGCGCCGCUGCGGUGCUGGGAGCCUUCGCCCUCACCGUCAAAGCGAAGCCCGAGUUUAACCUGCACGCCGUUCUUUGCCUCGCCGAGAACUCCGUAGGACCUAACGCCACGAGGCCUGACGACGUGCACACCCUGUAUUCUGGACGCACCGUCGAGAUCAACAACACGGACGCCGAGGGUCGGCUGGUGCUGAGCGACGGCGUGGUGUACGCGCACCGAGACCUCAAGGCCGACACCAUCGUGGACGUGGCAACACUCACCGGAGCGCAGGGCACUGCGACGGGCAAGCAGCACGCGGCGGUGCUGUGCAACGGCGCGGCGCUGGAGGCGGCGGCGGUGCGCGCGGGGCUGCGCUGCGCGGAGCUGGCGCACGCGCUGCCCUUCGCGCCCGAGCUGCACUUCGCCGAGUUCACCAGCUGCGUGGCCGACAUGAAGAACAGCGUCGCGGACCGCAACAACGCGCAGCCGUCGUGCGCGGGGCUGUUCAUCCUGGCGCACCUCGGGUUCGACUUCCCGGGACAGUGGCUGCACGUGGACAUGGCCUCGCCCUCCGUCUGCGGCGAGCGUGCUACCGGCUACGGGGUGUCACUGCUGGCCGUGCUGUUCGGCGCGCGCACCGGGUCCCGCCUGCUGCGCGCGCUCAGCCCCCUCGGUCGACUGUGAGCACCACCCCAGGGUCACCAGUGCUCAUCGCCCACGCGUGUGAGUACAGUAAUCAAAAGAAACACCCGGACGUACAGAGCCGAGGUACGGCGAAGAAACAACAAAUUAGGUACAAUUUAUAGUUUUUUAUAAAUCUAUUUUAUAGUAAGCAUAAUAAUUAACUUUAUUGGUUAUUUUAUGAAUAAAACCAUCCUGACACUCUAACGCUGGCAUGCGUGCGAUAGUAAAUGAUGUCCAGAGACCACGUCGCUAAGGAUACAGAAACAUGUACUUUGAAUGUCGAUAAGUAUAGUACGUCGAUGAAAAUAAUGUUAUUUAAUAUCUCAAGAUCUAAUAUAAAAUGCAUUUGAAGAAGAAGAUGUCAUUGUGUCAAGUUACGCGAACCGGCGCCACGUACACGGCCGCUCUGGUUGUAACCCGAAGUUUCAAAGGGCUCAAUCAGCGCGCAAUGUACAGCGUCGAUUUUGAUAAUACUGUUUUAAGCCACGAAAAAAAUGUUCAUUGGUUCACGUUAUUGACUAUGUCAGUAGCCGGUAGUAGGGAGGCCCCGCCCGGCGCAUGUCGGUCGCCUAGCUGGCAUGCUUUCCGGACUGGAAGACCUCAUGCCUCAAGCCGCCCCGACCGGCGUUAAGUAAGCACCGUCAUCUACAUCGGUAUGAUUUUUUUGUAUGACACAGCGAUAUAGGGCAUAGAUAUACAGUAAUCCCCCUUAUAACACGGUACCUUUAUAACGCGAUUUCAGUCCCCCGUAUAACACGGGCAUUCCCCCAUAUAACGUGGGGAUUUCUAACGUUAUAUUUCUGUACAGUGAAAUUUAAUAUCUGUACAGUUCAUAAUUACUUUGGCGUACCUUUGCACAUUGUGUCAAUUGUGUUCUUAUAAAAAUAAAUUAAAUUAAUUUAUUAAAUUUGUGUUCCUAGUUUUUGAAUUGUAAAAACAUUGGCAUUAUUGUAUUACAUAUGUACAUAUAUAAUUUUUGUAUAUAACGCGUUAUGUGGGGUCAUACAAAAGCGUUUUUUGUGAAUACUACAACGCGUUUCCUAUAACGCGGGACCAAUCUACCGUGUAAUAGGGGGAGAAUUACUGUAAAUAUAAAAAAAAAACAGUCUGUAGCGAAGUGUCGCUGCCAGCAACGCGAACCAACGAGCUUCUUAUGAAAAUAGAGAGUACUAAACAAAAAUCAGUUUUUUUUAAUAGUAUUUUUAUAAUUAUUAGCCAUUAUAUUUAUUUAGGUACAAACAUUUUGUUCUAAACGACCUUCCAAAAUGAGCGAUGUACCUAACUAAAGGGUGAUAAUAUUUUAAAAUUAAUAAUUUUUGUAUGAAUUUGAUCCGCAAUGAAAAAGCGCCUUAAAAUAAAACGAAUAAGCAAUAUUAAGUAAUUUAAUUAAUGUACAAUAAAACUGUUGUUUGUAAAAUUGUUACCAUCUCGUUCAACUUACAAAAUGUAAUGUUGUACUAUAUUAAUGUAUUUGUAAGUGAAAAUAGCGUGGAAAGUAUUUUAAUGCUUAUCUAGAAUACAGGGUUUUGUGUAUCCUUCAACUAUUUGAGUCGACUAUUAUCAAAGCCGGCAAUGUGACUUUUGGACAAUUAUUGGUAAAUCAGAAAAACGAAUUAUUGACUUUGUAUUCCAUUGGCAGUCA